GUUGCCAUCACUACAUUCAUUUGUGUGGAGUGUUUGCACGCGCCUGCAGCUGAGUGGGGAAAUUGACAGCAUCUUUGCAUUUGUAUCCAUCAUCUCCACUCACUUCCGAACUUUGUCUAAAUUCUGCAGAACACCCUCUUGUCAUCUGCACUUAUUAUUUGCGCCAUUCAACAGACACAUCUCUCACCCCUUAUCUCUCUCUCUCUCUCACACAAUGUUUUACUCGCAGUGCCUUCGCCUUUUCUGCAAAGAAAACCCUGAUGGGCCUGCUCUCUGAAAAAAAAAAUUGCAGAUAUCCUUCACCCAAGAACUGCAGUAGUCUUUCAAGAUCUCCAACAGAGCCACCAUACUGCUUUUAAUUGAACCCAAUUGAGGAAAACCCAAAGCAAGAGAGAAGUAGCUCCUGAAAAGAAUUCAUACACAGUUGGGAGGAGCCAGAAGCACAGUACCAAAAGCUGCAUAAGACUGCAUGCUCUUUAUUCAACUUACGAGGAAUUAAGAAGCUGUUCUUUUCCUAGUAUUGUACUUCUUUCACAUUUACACACACUCAGAAAGGAGCUAGGCAACAUCAGCAUGAUAUAAAACCCUUUUAGAAGAAGAAGAAGAAGAAGAAAGGAAAGAAAAUAGAGCUACAGCUGCGAAUUUCGUUUCUGUUUUAAGAUCCAGAAGGGGCAGAUCCUAACUAUUCAUCCCAUGGAGCUAGUUUCAGAAUCCAGCAAUCCCAGCUAUACCAACCCCACAGCCACGCCGACCAUAAACCCUAACACGUCAUCCGCUACAACUCCGUCGCCGUCUUCCAUUCCAAGCCGGUAUGAGAACCAGAAGCGCCGGGACUGGAACACCUUCUGCCAGUACUUGAGGAACCACAGGCCUCCCCUCUCCCUCUCCGUGUGCAGCGGCGCCCACGUCCUCGAGUUCCUCCGGUACCUCGACCAGUUCGGCAAGACCAAAGUCCACAACCAAAGCUGCCCCUUCUAUGGCCUCCCCAAUCCGCCCGCCCCGUGCCCUUGCCCGCUCCGACAGGCCUGGGGAAGCCUCGACGCCCUCAUCGGACGUCUCCGAGCCGCCUUCGAAGAGCACGGCGGGAAGCCGGAAGCAAACCCAUUCGGAGCGAGACCGGUUAGGCUUUACUUGCGGGAGGUUCGGAAUUUUCAGGCCAAAGCGAGGGGAAUCAGUUACGAGAAGAAGCGGAAGCGACCGAAGCAGAAGGUGGCACUGCAGCAGUCCGGUGCAAGUACUGCCGAAGCCGGGGAAAACCCAGUAUACAACACCCUGCAUUGAAGCCAUAGGUACAAAGAUAGCUGAUGAAGAUGAAUAGUGCUAGAUUUCCUGCUUUAUUAGCCAUAUGGGUAUGAUUAUCUUCUCUAAUAUUUUAAAUUUCAGAUCGAAAUUAGUAAAUUAGUACACAUGGAGAUCAUCGGUAACCUAAUUAUGCAGUAGCUGCAUGUUUAGGAUGGCUUAGUUAUGUGGUUUGCUACCUUGCUUUAUCAGAAGCUGUGUUUAAUUUCAUAUAAUAGUACUUGAAAAGUGUGAGUUGCUGGUAACUGCUAAGCAGUAGUGAAAGGCGCAGUAGUAGCAGUUGAUACAAUACAUGUAGAAUAUACUAUAUAUGUGAGUGAAGCAUGUAACUGGUCAUAAUUAAGUGAAUGUGUACUUGAAAACGCAUUUUUAUAGUACGUUGGCUGCUC